GGUGCUGCCAUCUAUCUUGAAGGAUACAAGACAAAUCCAGUUUUGUUAAAUAAGGGCGUGUCAAAACUUGGCAACAACUUUUCUGGCGAAAUGGCGGGUAUUGAACUUUCACUGGACUUCCUAACAGCUACAACACCACAAAGAAAAAACAUUCACAUAUUCACAGACUGCCAGGGAGCAAUAUCAACAGCAUUUUCAAGAGAGAUUCCCAAGAACAAAAUUGAAACCGUUUUUAACAUUAAAACAUCUGUAACAAGUUUAGAGGACAAUGGUAAUACACUCCAUGUGCACUGGAUACCUGGCCAUAAAAACAUAGAGGGAAAUGAGCUGGCUGACGAGCAGGCAAAAAAAGGGGCUAAGAAGGCAGCAGAAUUUGAUGAAGCAGAAUUCGAUGAUGAAAAGAAAGAUGCAGGUGAAGUCAUGCAAAUGAUGAAAAGAAAAGCAAUUAAUGAAAAAUGGUCAGCCCAAUACCGUAACUCUGAGAGGUCUUCCGCCAUACAUGACAUCUUUGUCACACCCGGGGUAAGAAACUGCGUUGGUGAAAAGAAAAGAAAAUGUUUCAGCCAAAUCAACCAACUCCUAAGUGGUCACACCCGGUUGAAAGAUCACUGGGCAAAACAGACACCAGACCAAACAGACAACUGUUGCAGUGUCUGCCAAGUUCCUGAAACCAUAGACCACUUCUUAUUCCACUGUAAAAAGUAUGAUGAAGCUAGAAGAGGACUGGAAGAAAGAACUAUGCAAAUACUAUACAGAUAUUGCAUACCCAAAGUAGCAAUUACGUUGGGGUUAUUAGCGGGUGAAAUAGAAGAAAUAACGAAUACCUGUGCGAAAGAAGAACUGAUGGAUUCAUUAAGCUUAUAUCUGUCAGAAACAAACAGGCUAUAAAUAUUUAAUUUUAUAAAAAAUAACAAAAAAUAAUUCCUUUUUAAAAAACACACAACUUUCCAAAAUUCGAUGAGUCCAAAAAAAAAAAAAAAAAAGUAACAAGAGUUCAAGUACAUAGAAUAAAGCACUAAGAUGAUAUCGGCAAAAAUAUUCGAUAUAGUACAUCGAGACCAUAGGCGACGACGACGCCAUAAUUCGACAAACAACAACAACAACAACAACAUUUUAUUCAUUCAAAAGGAUAUCGAGAGACUAUAUAAAGUACCGUUCCUGCAUGGAUGUAACAGAAAAGACAGAGGAUCUGAUCAGUUGUGAUCCAACAUUCAUUUCCUGACAGUCUCAUUGAGUCACUAUGGCUGAGGAAAGAAAGGAGACAGCCCCACUAGCAGGUGAUAUGCAGGAGGAGGAUGAAGUGGACCCUGCUCUAGUAGAGGUUUCCAACCUUUGUGACAAAUCCGACCCUGCAAGCACAUCCGAGGCUGCUGAAUCCUCUGAUGUCAAGCCUGCAGAUAAACAUGGCUCAGACGAUAGCCUUCAACAGUUUUUGCUUACAGUUGGAAGGCAAUUGCCAGCAGAUGCAUCAACAGCCAGUCUGGCAGGAUCCUUUGCCCCAUCUGAGACAGGCAACGUUUCCAAGGGCACGUCCCCUCUCAGCUCUGUCUCUCGUCGCAGACGACCCGUCUUAAAGAGGGACAGCACACUCCAAAACUCUGUAGGUUCAUCGUUAAACCUUUCGGCUCAUGGUGGCUCCAUUAUUGGUCUGCACGAGGACCCGUCCGAUGACGGUUUUCAUUUUGCAGGACAUACAAUGAUAUCACCCAUGGUAUCAGGCCUUCCUUCGAGUAUACCGAUGAAUGUUACUCGCACACAAAGAAUGGGCCGAUUUUCUGUAAGCCCCGCACAGAGUUUUUCCCAGUCUAUCACACACAGGCAAGGGGGCAAGCGAACACCUACAGGAAGUGAAAGUAGUACUCAAUACUCCGUUAAACACAGCCCAGAUCUGAACAGGACCAGCUGUGAGUCUUCCAUGCAGUUUAAAAUGUCUGAAACCUCCCUGAUCCCGGAGGAAUUACAAGGGACACCAACUGCGCCGAGCAGUCCUAGGAUUCCCUUACCCAAUGCACAUAACGAGCAGCAGCGACCUCUGUUGUUGGACUAUUUCGAUGUUGUUGAUGUUCGCUCAACAAGGCAUUCCACAGAGAUUCCUGAAGGCAAGCAAAUAGAGAUGGAAGAUUUAGAAGACCUGAUGUAUGAGGUGGAUGAGAACCAGCGAACUGUGAAAUCAAACAUCUCUGUGAACACACAGGACAGCGCAACUUACGUGACCGCCCCACUACAAUGCGGCAACAUUCGCUUUGUGAAAGACUCUGUCACCAUGCCAUUUGAUCCAAAGAAACACUAUUUGUGUGUGAAUUAUGACACACUGAUGCCUUCCGUGACAAACUUCAUGGCCACGUACUGGGGCAUGCGUAACCCAAACAUCGUCUUGUCUGUUAUUUCUGCCGAGGAGCACUUUAAACCAUGGAAGAGUCAGAGACUGAAAGAUGACUUUCAAAAGGGAAUUAUAAAGACUGCAAACACAACAGACAUGUGGAUCAUUACAAAUGGAAUUGAUGCAGGGGUGCCCAAAAUUAUUGGAGAUGCAAUAAAAGAGUUCAACAUUGAACAGCAAAACUCUCGUAUCAUAAUCAACCCAAUGACAAAUAAUUCAGAGCAGCGUAAAAAACGCCCAAAAGUAAUCGGCAUCGUCCCUAAAGACCUUGUGCCAUAUGGGGUUUAUUUUGAUGGAACAGAGGGUGUUCAGAUCCGAAACAUGGGCCAGAAGCCUAGUGCGGAGAUUUAUGAGUUGAACCCGGACCACACCCACUUCAUAAUGGUAGAGGAAGACGGGCAUGAUUCUGUGUGUGGCGGGCUUCGGUGUCUCAUCGAGGACCAGUUUCGCAGAAAACACGGCCAUAAGAAGAAAAUACAAAGACUUAUGAGCAUUGGUUCAGACUCAGAGCCAGUUGGAGCGCCUCCCUUAGAACAGUUUGACUAUGAGAACUACAUCCCCGUGGUUGGCCUGUUGGUCCAAGGGAUGCCGAGAAACAUUGACCAGGUGUUCUUCUACAUACAGAACAAGAUGCCUGUUGUUGUGUUGAAAGGCAGCGGAGGCAUUGCUGAUAUAAUUGGCUACACCUUUGAGGAACUGCAGGAAAAAGCAGAGUCUGACCCUGACUAUGAGGAGCACAUUUUGAAGCCUGAGUUGACGAAGAUGAUUAUGCGGCAGUUUGCCUCCCACUUUGAAGACAACGAUAUCGGCAAGUUUGCUCUCAGGGACAGGAUCAUACAGUGUUGCAAAAUGGCCACAGAGGGAGAAGGGGACAAUACAUACAUGACGGUGGUGAACAUGAAGGGUUGGGGAUCGUCUAUGAAAGACCUUGACAAAUACAUACUUAGGGCUCUCUUCAAAUCUGAGAAAAGAGAGGGUCUGGGAGUGCAUGAGCAGUUCCAGAAUGACUUACAACUGACCAUCGACUGGAACAGGCCAGACCUUGCCUGGGAAAUAUUCCAACAGGAUUUCACCAAAGUCAGGAUCGACAAGAAGAUGUUCGAGAAGGCCUUACUCCAGAAGGACCGUGAGGAGUUUAUCGACCUCUUCCUGACUCAGGGCGUUCGUGUGCACAAGUUUCUAAACCACAAGAAGCUAAAACUCCUCUUUGAGAAGGCUGACGACAGGGAAUUCUUCAUUAACAUAUGUCUUGAAGGAGUGCUGGGAAUUUCUGUGGUCCCUGACCAGCCCCUCAACAACAGCUUCCUAUCUGAGAGUUUGAAUCGCCUCAUCUACAAGUUGUCCUGGCUACGGAACUUCAUUCAGCCCUUUGAGCUGUCCAUGUGCUCUGUGGGACUCAAUAACAUGGACUCUGCCAUCGCAGAGAGAAAGGCAAUCCUGUGCCUGGUCAUCUGGGCAGUGUUGAUGAAUCGCCAUAAGCUUGCCAAGACCCUAUGGAACAGAUGUGAUGAGCCUAUUGGGGUGGCACUCAUCUGUAGCAGGAUCUACAAGGAGAUGACGAAAUACAACAUGGAGCAAUACCAGAGGAGUGAGCUGGAGGAGAAUGCCAAACAGUUUGGUGAGAUGGCCCUGGGUGCUCUAGCGAUAUGCUGGCGCGACUCAAGUGUUCAGGCCUACCAUAUGCUGGGAAGGAGGCUAACAGACUUCAACAAUAAAUCAGUUAUCGAGAUCGCCCAUGACGCGGGCUAUAUCCACUUUCUAGCUCAUCCCUGCUGUCAGAAAUGGCUUACCAAGAAAUUCUUCGGCCAUCUUCAGGUCAAGGAGCUAGACUGGGGCUUUGGGAGACUGCCGUACUGGUUUAAGAUCUUGGUCAGCGUUUUCUUCAUAUUCCCAAUGUAUAUCUGGAUCACCUUUAUCCCUCCGAGUAAAAAGAAAACACCCGGCCACACUGAAUUCCCUUCUUAUUUUUACACCAAAGAACGUCAAGAAGACAGUGACUCAGAAGGAGACGAGAAUGACGAUGAGGACGAAGAGGAGGAAGAUGAUAUUUUACCACAUGUGACCGAAUCUACCCUCAAGGGACUCCAAGCUAAGAAAUCAGAUAGUAUUGGUAUUAGGUUAAAGUCUGCAGUGAUGAACCUGCCCCAGAAAGGGAAAAGGCAUGUUCCCUUCCACCAGAAAAUAUACCUACUGUGGACAGCACCAAUCACCAAAUUCUGGACCACGCAGGUAUUUUACUUUGCGUUCCUGGGUGUGUUUAGCCUGGCGACUAUCUGGCCGACCUGUGGGAACCAGUACCUGGAUAUGACAGUCUGGCUCUGGACUAUGAUCAUUGAGCUGGAACUUGUCUGGAGAGUCUACAGAAAAUAUCAUCGCUACAAAACCCUAUCCCUAGUGGGGAACUGUAUGGACAUUCUGAUCAUUAUGGCGUUCCUUGUCAUCCUCCUACUAACACGGAUCUUGCACGUCUGGGUCGGCUUAUCAAACUACAUGCAGGCACGGACAUUCAUGUGUUAUGGUUUGAUCUACUUCUUCUACAGGCUCCUGGGUAUUUACCUACCCAUCAGCCCCACCCUGGGGCCCAUGUUGCUCCGCAUCAGCAGAAUGAUCAAGCAUGACUUUGUGGCUUUUGUCCGUAUGUUCCUGAUCUUCAUGAUAGUGGGUGGGGUAACCAUACAGGCUGUGCUCUACCCCCACUGGCCACUGUCCAUUGAACUGGUCAAGCGGGUCAUUACCAGGCCCAUAUACGCUAUGUUCCUUACACAAGUCGCUGACCUUGACGGAGAGCCAUGUUCCAGCUCGUAUGAGAACACCACGGAUUACUGCUACAGUGGCAGUGUAAAUAGUGAAGCAGUACAGGCUAAAGAGAUCGAGAGCCUACAAAAGUGCCCCCACACAAGUUUGUCUGCCUACGUGAUCACACUGCAGUACCUGCUUAUCUGUAAACUUGUGCUUGUCACCCUCCUCUUCGCCAUGUUUGCUCUGACAAUUGCAAAGGUUGACCUCAUCGCCAGCGAGAUUUGGAAGUUUCAGCGUUACUCCCUGAUUGCAGAUUUCAUUGAGCGGUUCAGUCUCCCUCCUCCCUUCACGUUCCUGAGCAUGAUCUACUUAGUUGUACGUACGCUCUUCAGGAUGUGUAAGAAAAAGUUGAAAAAGUGCUGCAGGAAAAAUAAGGAUUUAAAGCUUCGUUCCAUGCAUAGCCGCAUUGGCCAGAGGGCGAUUGACGACACACUGUACUGGAAGAAAGUGGCCCGGGAAUACAACGCCGGGGAAGAGGCCAAGCAGGAAAAGGAGAAUAUGCCACAGAAACAAGGAGACAUACUGGUGAGUCUCCAAGAUGACCUGCGAACUUACAGAAAGAGCAUGAAGCGUCUGAAUGACCGCAUCGUGGAGCUUGAGCGAAUGUUCCAGUCUAGCAGUCUCUGUCUUGAGGAUAUUGCUCACAAACUGGAGAAAAAUGAGGUGAUGGGUAUUACCAAUGUGAAAGGCCGGUUUAUCCAUGUGGCCGCACGACAGUCUCCCUACCCCAGCACCACCAUUGCCCGCUUCCCUGUCUUUGACAAAUACGUGCCUUGGGAUACACAGUAUGAUGUGUACGACCCCAAAACAUACACACUUGAGAAGAGCAAAUUCCUGGAGCAUGAGAUUUUCUAUGUGGAUGAGGACAUUCUGGAACUUGCAAGACUGAAGGAGGAAAGAGAUGAUGAUGGUAGAAUGUCGCCCAUCACUGAGUUCUUCCCCAAGUGGAACACUGUGACCACGACCAGGGACAAGAAUGUUCGCCAGGACAUCGACAGGCUGUCCUGGAUCAACAUAGAUGACCAGCCAUUAAGAUAUGAAGUUGAUGCACUCAAUUUACCGCAAAAUCCAAUGGGUCGAACAGGCAUACGGGGGAAGGGUAUUCUGUGGCGCUGGGGACCGAAUCACGUAAUCAAGGCUGUGGUCACCCGCUGGAGACGGAAAUAUGGACCUGACCUCAGUGCUAUGACAGAUUACCUGUAUGUGGAGGGAAAACGGGUGCUGGAGUUUAUCACAGUCCAGAAGGAGACUUUCAUGGAUUCCAGCUAUGCACUGCCAGGGGACAUUCUUCAUGGACUGAACAACCCCUACAGUAUUCUCUGCCAGUCGUUUAUGUCCCAAGUGUUCAACGAAGAAGACACGGCCAAACAAUACGGCAAGUUUGACCAGAGAGACAUGAUUCAGUUUUUCUCCCAAUUUGCGAGUGUGGUAGUGGGAGGCUCGACAUCGCGUACCUCUGUCCAGCCUAUGGAGGUGACCAAUCCCGUGUCAAACUUACGGUCAGCCGGGCUCAUGAACCCCUACAUAACAGAUUCCAGGCCAAACCUACGCUCUGAGGUGGACCAACAGGGAUUCUGCUCCACACUGCUGUACAAAGGCUACCUGGAUGACCCACGCAACACUGACAACGCCUGGGUGGAGGCUGAAGUCUGGAACUUCCAUUACGACUUGGGAGAUUCUUUUGACUUGAGAAUGUCCGAGGAGCUUACCGUGAAGUGGAAGGAGGUGUCGAAGUAUGUGAAGAUAUUCGGCAACGAGAGCGUUAUAGUUCAGGAGGCAGCACGCAUUCACGAUGCUUACUGCUAAUAAAAUGGUACAUGGAUGUGUCGGAAUACAUGUACAUCUUAGUGCCCAAGACUUAACUUUCUUCUGAUAUUAAAUGUCUGGAAGUGGAUGGAUAUUAUCAACUAGAAAACCCAUGGCCCCUGACUUGGUUAAAACAUAGUCUAUGAAGCAUGGAAGUGGAUGGAUAUUAUCAACUAGAAAACACAUGGUCCCUGACUUGGUUAAACAUAGACUAUGAAGCAUGGAAGUGGAUGGAUAUUAUCAACUAGAAAACCCAUGGCCCCUGACUUGGCUAAAACAUAGACUAUGAAGCAUAGAAGUGGAUGGAUAUUAUCAACUAGAAAGCCCCAGGCCUCUGACUUGGUUAAAACAUAGACUAUGAAGCAUAGAAGUGGAUGGAUAUUAUCAGCUAGAAAGCCACAGGCCUCUGACUUGGUUAAAACAUAGACUACCGUGUGAAGAAUCCAGUUUUUAACACAUUUCUAGUUUUAUAUGAGUUUAAGGGAAAGGAUUUGCAGGGUCUUUGGUGCCUAAACUUUUAAAAAACUUUGAUUUAUACAUAUUUCAGUGAUAUACUAGUCAAAGUUUCAUUAUAUAACUUUCCUGUAUUACUCUUAAGGCGAUUAUGAAUCUAACAAAGUAUUAAAUGAAUUUCAGACAAAUACAUGUGAUGUACAAUUAUCCUGCAAAUGGUUUUGAACAUUAUUAUUAUGGAAUUUUGAACAUCACAUACAUUUAAUAUGUAUAAUACAGUACAGCCAAAACCUGUUGGCUCGAACUCGCUCGACUCCAAUUCCUCGUUGGCUCGAACUAGAUGUAAAGGCCUGCUUUCUUUUUACUAAAGGUAAACAUUCCCGCUUGGCUCGAAUUUUCUGAGGCUCAAGGUAUAAUUGCUGGUCCCUAUGAGUUAUUGAACGAGGUUAGACUGUAUGUGAUGUUCAAAAUUUUGAUGGGCAACCAGGCUUAGUGAGUAACCCGCCACACAACUUGCCCACGUGUCAGAUUUUUUUAACCAGACCAGAAACAAAUGAUUGAUCUUUUUUCUUGCAAACCUGAAAUUUUCCAAGUAUGUAAAAAUUGAUGUAGAAAAAACAUAUUGAAUGUCAUGAUGCAUAGUUAUUUUAGUUUUAUGUUGAUAUCAAAUGGUUCAUCUGAAACAGCUCUUUUUUAAGAUGAAUUAAGAAUGUUUAUGAGUUUUUAUUUUAUUUUAUUAUAUUUUCAGUUUCUCUGUAAUCAAGUGUCAUAAUUGAAUUUUUCCUGAAAUGCCUGUCCAGUGUGAUUUUUGCUGAAUAAGAUUUUUUAAUAAGAUUUGUUGAUAAAUAGAUGAACCCGGUAAAAUUAUGCAUAAUCUUUUGUUUUACAUUUUUACUGUGUUUUUUAAACUUGUUUUAAUUGUCAGGCUAAAUUGUCAUCUAUUUUUAUUCAUUUAUGAUUCUUAUUGUUUUUAUUCUUGUCUGAAGUUCUCUUUUUUAAUCCAUGAAUUCAUUGCUGUCUUGUUUAAGAAGCUUCUUGGGUUUUUUUAAGGCAAUACGUCAAGGUUAUAGCCAUCAUUGUUGGGCACUAUUUUAAAUAUUGGCCGUAACUCAAAAACCACUUGAGAAAUUGAAAUGAAACUUAGUAUACAAUUUGCCAGAGUCAACACACACAGGUAAAGGAAGCCCAAUAACUGUUGAACUAUGCCCGGUAUUUGACUCAAAACAACAGAAAAAACAUCUGAGUGUCAGUGUUCACUCCACAGUGCUCUUGUUUUUUUUAUAUAUUUAUGCCUUCAACAGCUGAUUACUAUGUUUUGUAUUACCAUGUUUGUUAUUGGACAUGAUGUCAGUUUCAUUCUCAUAUUGCACCAUGUUCAACUUUUAUCAUGUUAAAGAAUUGUUGUUUUGUUUAAGAAACUUUUUGGGGGGUUUUAAGGCAAUAUGCCAAGGUUAUAGCCAUCAUUGUUGUGUUUUUUUUUAAAAAUUUCCAUAACUCAAAAAGCACUCAAGAAAUUGAAAUGAAACUUUAAAUAGAAUUGUUGAGCUAUUAUGUUUAAUAAACACUAACGCCAAUUUUUCUGACUAGUUCAAAAUAACUUUUAUGCUGCUGAAUUUUAUUAAUCAUUUCAAAGAUAUUUGUUUUGAAAUACUUUUAUUUCGUCAAUACUCAACUUGUAUACACAUGUAGCCAUUAAAAAGGAUUCAUUAUGUUUACAAUCUCACAGAUGUGUACGCUAUGCCAUUUUCUGCUGAAUGCAUGAGGUUAACACUUGUCCCAGUGAUUUUUAUUUUUGCAGCUUUCAAAAAUAGAUAAUGCCACAAAGAUUGAACCUGAACUCCAAUUUUUCUUUCAGGUCAAAUGAAUUUUCUUCAGUUACUAUGGUUAGUGCUAACAUUAGAUGUACAUGUAUUAGAUGUAUUGCUUAUUUUGUGCUUUGAUGUCAUUUUGGGAUCCUAGGCCUGUGGGUUUUUUUCUUCAUGAUUUUGAAUUAAUUUAUGAGUGUUUAGUAAAUGUUUUUGCCCAGUUUGGAUUUGUUAAAAUAGUGAUAGUUCUUAAUUUUGUUUGAGCAUUCAUUGGAAGAGGGUUCAAAUCUCGGUACUUAAUUAUGUGUGAGCAAUUCUGAUAAAAUUUUCCAUCUCUGUUGUCAAAACUUGGUACUAUUUUUUCGUUAUUAUCUUAAAUUUGUUUGAAAAGAUUAACUGCUUUCAGAUAAACUGAGUCUCUGAUGAAACGUUAUCCACUCAAAAGUGUAUUUUAUUUCUUUUACUUUUUAUGAUCAUUUAUUAUUUCCAAUCUUUAACUUUACCCAGUGUUUUAUGUAUCCAUUUUCAGUUACUCAUGUUGUAGUCAGUUUGUGCUGUUUGCCUUAAGCAUGAAUAUUUUUCCUUCAAAACCCAGGCAAGCUGAAUAGCUUAUACAUGUACUUAAAGUCUUGGUUAUAAAUGCAGAAGUGAUCAAAAUUGAAUUUGUGAUCGAAAUUGAAAUAUUUAUCAUAAUUAAAAUUGUCCAGGGUUUUUUAUGAGCGAAAAAAAAGUUGAGGUAUUAUGUAGCCUUACUGAUGUUGGCUUCGUCUAUGUGAACAUUUAGCCAUUACUCGAAGAUGUUGAAAUAAGACUUGGUACACAUGUAACCAGAGACAAUAUGAAUUUGAAUUUGUGUUCGUACUCACGGUCUUCAAAUAGUGAUAAACAUGAAGUACAGGCUAUUUGUUGUUUUUAUUCUUGCUGUCAUUUUAUGAGGGAGGGGAGUAUUUUUUUCUCAUCUGCAUGUGUUUUACAAUUAUAUGCCACUGUCUUACGAUGUUUUUUUUAUAUAUGAAUGAGGUUCACAUGAAAACGUACAACCACAGAAUGUUUUAAUAACAGGCAGCUGAAAAGCUGUUUCAUGGUUUAAGUAUUUUCAGCUGCCUGAUACCUGAUUUUUUAUGACGGUUUCCCGAAUAAGAUAUCUUUAAUUAUACAUGUAUAUUUACUAAUGUUCAAGGGUCAUGUAGUUGUUUGUGUAUUAAAUUUUAAAAGUUUUAAACAUACUUUAGUGACCUGAUGGCUUAUCAGGAUAAAGCCUAAUGAGUUAUAAUUAAACAUAAAAGACUGAUUUACCACAUUGAAGAUAAUAGCAUAUCAUGUCAGUCUGAUGGCUAAUCUUUUUGAAGUCUGAUGGCUAAUCUUUUUGAAGUCUGAUGGCUAAUCUUGUUGAAGUCUGAUGGCUUACAAAUGGAAAUGGCUUAUCAUUAUUAAGCCUGGUGGAUAAUAUCAGAUGAUCUAUCAUGUUGAUGUCUGAUAGCGUACCAUGUUAAAAUAUGAUGGGUUAUGAAGCUGAAAACUGAUGGCUUUUAUAAAUUUGUUGAAAUGGACUAUUGGGGAGAUUACUUUAAAUGUAGUUUACUUGAUGCUUAGUUGAUGCAUCUAUCACAAGAUUUCUCUGUGUUAUCUUUUGUACAUAUCAUGACUGUUCACAUGUUUAAUGUAAGCUUAAUGCAUUUUAUUAUCUUUUUUUGUUAUAGUUUUUGCAAAAAAAUGCUGCAAUACCCCGGUAUAUCUUAUUCUUCCAUUGUCAGUUAUUUGUCAGCAUGUGGAGUUUCAGAUAAUUUAACAUUUUGAGUUUAUUUUCUCAUCUAAACUCAGUUUCUAGACAAGUCUUAGGGUUAGAAUGCUUAAGUAUCUUAUGACAUAGCCAAACAUUUUGCUUAAUUUAAAAUCACUUCAGUCAGUUAGCAGGAAUAUGUUCAAUAUGAUUUCAAAAUCUUUUAAAAAGUUGAAUACUAAGUGCUUUAAACCGAGCUGAGUUUGUUCCUGUAUUGAUUGUGUGGGAAGUUGGGGCUGGGUAUUUUUGUUGUUCAAUUUUGAGUGAACAUGAAGAAGCAAUAGAUAUGAUCUUGUUAAUCUGUUAAGUGUCUUCUGAGGAAUUGAAAUAAAACUAUUUUGCAUU